UCUUCACAUCCUGCUCUACUGGGUCAGUCCCUCUUGGACCGGCUCUUGUCCAUCAUUUGCUGAAGGGAACCGACACAUGCCCAUCUGCAAGGUCUCCCCCAGCAAUUUUACUUCAUUGGUGCUUGGACCUCUCAGAUUUCUUCAGAUGAAGAUGGCCUUGCCUGGGAAUCCUGCUAGUUCCAUCAUCAUCUAAUUAUGGGACGAGGCUGCGCCAGCAGGUCUGGGGGCCAGAGAACGGGGCUAAUCCGGCCCCCCAGGAAACACUGGAGGACUUGCCCAGCCUUUGAAGAACUCUAGUGGUUUGUAAAUCUGGCCCACUCUGGCGGUAAGCAUGAUGCGACUUCUGUCACUUCUGCUGGGGCUUUUGGGGCCAGGUAGCUACUUGUUCCUUUCAGGAGAUUGUCAGGAGGUGGCAACUCUCACUGUGAAAUACCAAGUGUCAGAGGAAGUGCCGUCUGGCACCGUGAUAGGGAAGCUGUCCCAGGAACUGGGCAGGGAGGAGAGGCGUGGGCAAGCGGGUACUGCCUUCCAGGUCUUGCAGCUCCCUCAGGCGCUCCCCAUCCAGGUGGACUCUGAGGACGGCCGGCUCAGCACAGGGAGGCGGCUGGACCGAGAGCAGCUUUGCCGGCAGCAGGAUCCCUGCCUGGUUUCCUUUGACGUGCUUGCCACAGGGGAUUUGGCUCUGAUCCACGUGGAGAUCCAGGUGCUGGACAUCAAUGACCACCAGCCACAGUUUCCCAAAGGGGAGCAGGAGCUGGAAAUCUCUGAGAGUGCCUCUCUGCGCACCCGGAUCCCCCUGGACAGAGCCCUUGACCCAGAUACUGGCCCCAACACCCUGUAUUCCUACACCCUGUCUCCUAGCGAGCACUUUGCCCUGGAUGUCAUUGUGGGGCCUGAUGAGACCAAACACGCGGAACUUGUGGUGGUAAAGGAGCUGGACAGGGAAAUCCACUCAUAUUUUGAUCUGGUGUUAACUGCCUACGACAGUGGGAAUCCCCCCAAGUCAGGCACCAGCUUAGUCAAGGUCAACGUCCUGGACUCCAAUGACAACAGCCCUGUGUUUGCUGAGAGCUCACUGGCACUAGAAAUCCAAGAAGACGCUGCCCCUGGUACUCUCCUCAUAAACUUGACUGCCACAGACCCUGACCAAGGUCCCAAUGGGGAGGUGGAGUUCUUCCUCAGCAAGCAUGUGCCUCCAGAGGUGCUGGACACCUUCAGUAUUGAUGCCAAGACUGGCCAGGUGAUUCUGCGUCAACCCUUAGACUAUGAGAAGAAUCCUGCCUAUGAGGUGGAUGUCCAGGCAAGGGACCUGGGUCCCAAUCCCAUCCCAGCCCAUUGCAAAGUUCUCAUUAAGGUUCUGGACGUCAAUGACAAUGCCCCAAGCAUCCACAUCACAUGGGCCUCCCAGCCAUCGCUGGUAUCAGAAGCUCUUCCCAAGGACAGUUUCAUUGCUCUUGUCAUGGCAAACGACUUGGACUCGGGAAACAAUGGUUUGGUCCACUGUUGGUUGAUCCAAGAGCUAGGCCACUUCAGGCUGAAAAGGACCAAUGGCAACACAUACAUGCUGCUAACCAAUGCCACACUGGACAGAGAGCAGUGGCCUAAAUAUACCCUCACUCUCUUGGCCCAAGACCAAGGACCCCAGCCCUUAUCAGCCAAGAAACAGCUCAGCAUUCAGAUCAGUGAUGCCAAUGACAAUGCACCUGUGUUUGAGAAGAGCAGGUAUGAGAUCUCCACUCGGGAAAACAACCUACCCUCUCUUCACCUCAUUACCAUCAAGGCUCAUGAUGCAGACUUGGGCAUUAAUGGAAAAAUCUCAUACCGCAUCCAGGACUCCCCAGUUUCUCACUUCGUAGCUAUUGACUCAGACACAGGAGAGGUCACUGCUCAGAGGUCACUGGACUAUGAACAGAUGGCCAACUUUGAGUUCCGCGUGAUUGCAGAGGACAGAGGACAGCCCCAGCUGGCAUCCAGUGUCUCCGUGUGGGUCAGCCUCCUGGAUGCCAAUGAUAAUGCCCCAGAAGUGACUCAUCCCAUAUUAAGCAAUGGAAAAGCCAGCCUCUCAGUGCUUGUAAAUACCUCCACGGGCCACCUUCUGGUGCCCAUUGAUACUCCCAAUGGCUUGGGUCCAGUGGGUGCCGACACACCACCACUGACCCCCCACAGCUCCCAGCCAUUCCUUUUGGUGACCAUUGCAGCAAGAGAUGCAGACUCAGGGAUAAAUGGAGAGCUCCUCUACAGCAUUCGGAAUGGGAAUGAAGCCCAUCUCUUUGUCCUCGACCCCUACCUGGGGCACUUGUUCAUCAACAUCACCAAUGCCAGCAGCCUCAUUGGGAGUAAGUGGGAGCUGGAAAUAGUGGUAGAAGACCGUGGCAGCCCCUCCUUGCAGACCCGAGCCCUGUUGAGGGUCUUGUUUGUCACCAGCAUGGACCACUUGAGGGACUCAGCCCCUGAGCCCGGAGCCCUGAGCACAUCGGUGCUGACGGUGAUUUGCCUGGUUGUCCCGAUGGCCAUCUUUGGGCUGAUCUUGGCUCUGAUCAUGUCCAUCUGCCGGACAGAGAAGAAGGGCAACAGGGCCUACAACUGCCGGGAGGCCGAGUCUACCUACCGCCACCAGCCCAAGAGGCCCCAGAAACAUAUUCAGAAGGCGGACAUCCACCUCGUGCCUGUACUCAGAGGCCAGGCAGAUGACCCUGGAGAGGUUGGGCAGCCCCACAAGGAUGCAGGCAAGGAAGUAAUGAUGGAAGCAGGCUGGGAUCCCUGCCUGCAGGCUCCCUUUCACCUCACACCAACUCUGUACAGGACCCUUCGUAACCAAGGCAACCAGGGAUCCCUAGCCGAGACCCGAGAGGUGCUGCAGGACACUGUCAACCUCCUUUUCAACCAUCCCAGGCAGAGGAACGCCUCCCGGGAGAACCUGAACCUUCCUGAGCCCCAGCCUGCAAUGAGUCAGCCACGCUCAAGGCCCCUCAAGGUUGCAGGAAGUCCCAUAGGGAGGCUGCCGGGAGACCAGGGCAGCGAGGAGGCCCCACUGAGCCCACCGGCCUCCUCUGCAACCCUGAGGCGACAGCGGAAUCUCAAUGGCAAAGUGGUCCAUGAGAAAGAGUCAUGUCCCCGUCAGAUCCUGCGGAGUCUGGUCCGGCUGUCUGUGGCUGCCUUCGCGGAGCGGAACCCCGUAGAAGAGCUCACUGUGGAUUCUCCUCCUGUUCAGCAAAUCUCCCAACUGCUGUCCUUGCUGCAUCAGGGCCAAUUCCAGCCCAAACCAAACCACCGGGGAAAUAAGUACUCGACCAAGCCCGGCGGUGGCGGCAGGAGUGCAUUCCCAGAUACAGAUGGGCCAGGUGCCAGGGCUGGUGGCCAGGCAGAACCAGACCAGGAGGAAGGGCCCUUGGACCCUGAAGAGGACCUCUCUGUGAAGCAGCUGCUAGAAGAAGAGCUGUCGAGCUUGCUGGACCCCAACACAGGCCUGGCCCUGGACCGGCUGAGCACCCCAGACCCGGCCUGGAUGGCAAGGCUUUCUUUGCCCCUCACCACCAACUACCGUGACAACGUGUGCUCCCCGGAUGCUGCGGCUUUGGAGGAGCCAAAGACCUUCCAGACAUUCGGCAAGGCGACAGGGCCUGAGCUGAGCCCAACAGGCACGAGGCUGGCCAGCACCUUCCUCUCGGAGAUGAGCUCGCUGUUGGAGAUGCUCCUGGAGCAGCGCUCCGGCGUCCCCGUGGAGGCCGCCUCCGAGGUGCUGCGGCGGCUCUCCGUCUGCGGAAGGACCCUCAGUCUAGACCUGGCCACCAGCGGGAACUCAGGAAUGGAAGUACAGGGGGGCCCAGGUAGAAAGAGGUGGGCUGAGAGCAGGACCAGCAGCGGCAGCAGCAGCAGGGGCCUGUGGAUCCAGGAACCAGGAGCCCUGGGAGAUGUUAGGGAGCCCAGGCCCUGAGGAUCCUGGGACAUGAGCUGGUUUCUCAAAUCUUUGAACUCACUGACCAGAGGUGGCCCGAGAAUCUCAGGGUGAUCGAUGCUGCCCCACAGAGGAGGCAGGGGCCUCAGGACUAACAGCUGGCUGACCAAAGCAGCCCCUUGUUAGGGGUGGCUCUGCCUGUGAAUUUUUUGGAGGAUGGAGACAGUUUGUGGCUGAGAUAAGUGUUUGCUGGCAAAACACACGUAGAGCACAGAAGGUCGGUCCUCCUGUGAAACAGAUGCCACGGAGUGUCACAAGCAGGAAAGGAUGGCCUCGAUGCAUACUUGAGGGUGGGGAUUGGAUCCUGGGGCUCCAGGUGAAGCUCUCUGACCUACUAAUAAAGGAAAAGCAGUAGCUCAUUUUCCUGUUUGUACCUGUCAAGAGGGAGGAGAGAAGAGGAACACAGUGAGGGUUCUUUGUCAUUCAGUCCCCGGUAUGAGGGUCGCGCUGAGCCUGGACAGGAGUUGGGCACACUGGUGCACAGUGUCAGGUACGCAGUAACGGACAUGUGUGCUCUUGACCCCACUCAUCUGUUGCUACAUUAUCAAAUAAUCUGCUUCUCAGCUGGAAAAGUAGAGCUAAGAAAAACGUGACUAUUUACAGAGCAUUUACAUGAGCCAGGCACCAGGCUUACGAUAGGACUUAAUUUAAUUUCCCAAGAACCCUGGGAGGGAGGUGUUAUUAUCCCCAUUUCAUAGACAGAGACACGAGGCUUGGAGAGGCUGAGUGUCUUGCCCAAGAUCAAAAGAAGAAGCAGAGCUAGGAUUUGGAGGCAGGCUUGUCUGACCCCGAAACCCAUGCCCUUGAGCUUGACAGUAGACUGCCAGCCAAGGAAAGAAAAUGAAAAGUGCCCAGGUGAGCUUUUCCAGUAGUGGACUUGUCUGAGCUCCCCUCAAGAAACACUGUUGAGAAGAACAUUUCCAAAGCUGCUCGGGCCUGCAUGCCUCUGCGCUCCCACACACAGACAGAGAGGGCCUGGGGUCUGACCUGAGGCAGCCCUGGGCCUCUGCACGCUCCUGUCCUUUCCCAGCCAGCAGCCCUUCAGGUACAGAAGUCAUCUUUCCAGACCCACCGUUCGUGGGUAAAUCUUCCUCCAUCAGGGCAGAUUCAGGCCUCUGAAUUCAGGCCCUAGAGGACAGUGCGUGAACUGAGUCUAUGAAAUCGACACUGACAGCAACAAACCUUCCAGGAGAGGAAGGAGUGAAGAAAUAGUAAAUAUUUUCCCAAGGCUCAGCCUUAUAAUUUUCCUGGAAAUUUCCAAGCAGUCGUUCAGCUAGCUUCUCAAUAGCAUGGGGCUCUCCUGGACACUGAUGGCAAAAAUUCCCCUCUCUGUUCCUCCUUUUGUCCUCCUGUGGAGCUCAGUACUCAUGUUCACUGUCCACAUAAAUGGGCCAAUAUAGUCCCAAGAGAUAAUGAAAACCAUAGAAAACCAGAGAUAAUGAAAAUCAUAUGUACUUGGAUGCAGCAUGGCAUCGUUAUUCCAUUAUUCCACUUCAUAGAUGAGGGAAGUGAGAUCCCCACAAAUUAAGUGCUUUCAGGAACAGCGUCUCUGAGUCUCUGAUCACCUCACUUCAGGUCAGAUUGCUCUCUUUACCAGAUCUGUAGUUUUCAAGCGAUUGGGUUCCACAAGUCAGUGAGAGUAACCAGGGGAGACCAAGCAGGCAGGGUCUCCAGCCUGACCAGCCAGGUGCCUGAAACACAGCGACACUCGAUGAACACUUGUUGAAUGGAUGAGGGAAUGAUAAAUGAGUCAAUAAAUGUUCCAGAGUUCCCUUUUAUCUAUAUUGGAGCUCUAGGUAAGACUUCAUUAGGAAAAAAACAGUUCCAUUAUGUGAACACAAAGUCUGAAAACCACAGCAGACACUGUUGACCCCCCAGUUACUAGUGGCUUUUCAGAGCAGAGCUGAUGUCGGGAGGGUGAAGAGAAGAAGAGGUGAGGAGGAGGUGACCUAAGGAACCUGCAACCAUGGCUGGAGACUGGAUCGUCGGAUGCGCUGGGUCACUGCCUCGCUCUGGUUCAACAGUCCUGCCUCUGUCGUCCUCAGACCCCAGAAUACUAGGCAGAACUUCAUGCACAAGCAUUUUUCUAGGCAGAAGAUACAAAGUUCUCUUCAGAUUCUCAAAGGAACCUGUGAACUAUGACGGUAGUACAGCACUGCUCUAAGUCACUCUCUAAACCUCCACAGAUGUGGGCAACUUUAGUCAUCAGGAGUCUGAGCAUUUUAUAGCCAAGGAAGUGGCAAAACAGCAAAGACUGACUUGCCCAAAACCACAUGGCAGGUUUGUGGCAGCGCUAGCAUCUUGAUCUGGGAUUUAGUUUAAAGUUCUUUCUAAUACAUCGAGGGUUCUUAACCUGGGGUCGUUGGUUGGGUUUCAGGAUCUAUGAACCUGCUGAAUUGAAUGCAAAAUUGGGAGGGUGCACAUUUUUCUAUGGAAAGGAGUCAGUGCUUUCAUCACAUUCUCAAAGGGCUCUAUGACCUAAAUAAGGUUAAGGACCACCACACUCCUUUAGGUCGGUCCUCAGUUCUGCCUUCCCUUGCAGAACCUGCAGAACUCACGGGUAGGGUUGCUCCUGUUCUGAGGCAACCAAUCUUUGCUCAGGGUUGGGGUGAAUGUAUGUGAGGGUUGGUGUUCUCGCCCACAGCAUGCAACCCCCUCCUAGCAUGCUGAUACCAGCCCUUUCUUAAUGACAGGCUAAGAGUGAGACAGUGUAUAUGGUAACAGGACUGAGUGUGCUGAACAGGAAGGUUACAGAAACUUCUUGACAUCAGCCAAGAUGUCAAAGCCAAGACUUUGGAUGUGCUCAGAACAGUUUCCACCAAGAUGGGCUCUGUCCCUUGGGAAACGGAGGGAGCAGGCAAGCCAGCCAGCGCUCAGUUAAAUGUCGUCUUAAUUUGGAAAGCGCAGAGGGACAUUUUAUAUCAACAGUCAGCCGUUCGCCAGCACCAGGAGUGCAAUGCAAUGCUCACUCGGAGCCCGGGGGCAGCUCAGAGAUUGACAGGCAGCCUCCCUGUCUGUCACCCAACCUGAACUUGGCAGCUCACUGACCCUACCUCUCUUCUGUCUGAAACAAGACUGAGAUGGCAGCCACCACCUUUGGGACUCCAGAGAGAACCAAAUCCCAAAAAGGAGAGGACAGGAUGGGGGAGGGAGGAGUUUCAGCAUAGACUCAGCCUGGCGCAUAGUGUGUACCUAGAAAACAGGUCA